ACGAAACGCCGCGGGGCUGAGCAGUUCCGCUGGCUAGUGUGUACGCGGCGAGCUUCUCCCGGCGCCGCCCGCUCGGCUCCCAUAGCGCCCGCGACAGCGGUCCGGACGCCGCCCGAACAUGGACUCCGCCGGCCAAGAUAUCAACCUGAAUUCUCCUAACAAAGGUCUGCUGUCUGACUCCAUGACGGAUGUUCCUGUCGACACAGGUGUGGCUGCCCGGACUCCUGCUGUUGAGGGUCUGACAGAGGCUGAGGAGGAGGAGCUCAGGGCUGAGCUUACCAAGGUGGAAGAGGAAAUUGUCACUCUGCGCCAGGUCCUGGCAGCCAAGGAGAGGCACUGUGGAGAGCUCAAGAGGAGGCUGGGCCUCUCCACCCUGGGGGGGCUGAAACAGAACCUGUCCAGGAGCUGGCAUGACGUGCAGGUCUCUAGCGCCUAUGUGAAAACUUCUGAGAAACUUGGAGAGUGGAAUGAGAAAGUGACCCAGUCAGACCUCUACAAGAAGACUCAGGAAACUCUUUCACAGGCAGGACAGAAGACUUCAGCUGCCCUGUCCACAGUGGGCUCUGCCAUCAGCAGGAAGCUUGGAGACAUGAGGAACUCUGCGACCUUCAAGUCUUUUGAGGACCGAGUUGGGACCAUAAAGUUCUCUCCUGUGACGACAUCUUGGAAAAUCCUGUAGUGCAGCCUCCCCACCAGGACAUUGGCACUGACUCAGGACACAGAACGCCUCCACACUGCCCUUCCUGGUCCCCACUGCCCUUCCUGGUACCUUCUUGGCCAUGCUGACCUUCCUCCCGCCCUACCCCCGGCAACCCCUAGUCCACUCUCCCUUUGUAUAAUUGUGUCAUUUCAAGAAUGUCACGUAAAUGGAACGAUACAGUGUGCAGCUUUUUGGCAUUCACUGUCUUCAUUUGGCAUCGUUCUCUGGAGACCUGUUCGGGCUGGUGCCCGUCCGUGAUUUGCUCCCUGUCCCUGCUGAGCAGUGUUCGUGUUACAUAAGCUUUUGUAGAGCAUUGAGCAUGGGCCUGGGAUCUGCCUUGUGUUGUGUGCUCUGUCUCAGGUUUUUCUGUCUUCAUCUUUUCUCUCCUGUAGUCUAAGGUUGUGGGUGACAGAGAGAACGGCAGUGACAACCUCCCUUCCUCAGCGGGGAGUGGCGACAAGCCCCUGUCGGAUCCUGCACCUUUCUAAGCCUGUGGUUGCUUCCCCCGCUGCAGAGCACACGCAACCCAGCCUCAGCAUCACAGCCGUAGCUCUGUUCAGCGGAGCAGCCAGCCAGGGCGGAUGAGCAGAGCCGGCUCUGAGGACAGUCCUGCCCAUCCACGCGGAGAUGUGGCUGCCGCGUUCACAUGAAUUGAAAGAACACAGGCUUGUACACAGAUGUUUUAUACUCACGUUUGUAGAUGAAACAGAUCACUGUGCUGUCCUUCCUAGGGGUGCAGGAAGUGGACAGGGCGGAGGGUUUGAAAGAAUAUUGAGCCAAAGCCCAGGCUCCCUUUGGGAAUCAUGUUAGCCCAUCAGAAUGUUGAAGGAUUGAAGAGUUUUAAGCAUAAAAUAAGUGGCAUUUUCUGACUUCUUCCUCCUCCUCCUUCCCUGACUCACAGAAGGAGUGCAAUCACCCAGCAAGUCCUACCUGUUACGCAAUUUUUUAUCUCAAAAUGCCGAACGAGAAAACUGUCCAUUUUCUGAGACCCCCAGAAAGGAAACUGACCCUCAGCAGCUGCCUGAUUGUUACGCGAAUCUAGCUUUAACGGAAGCAAAUUCAUUAUUUUUUAAAUGCAGUGGACUUUUCAAAAAGUUUAAAUUAGGCAAAGCAGCUUUAGCCUCAUAGAAUAUUAUUUCUUUGGACUCAAGCUGAAAUACAAGCCUUACAUUGCCUUAUGCUUUAUUUCUUUCUAAUUUUUAUAUGUAUAUAGAUGAGGGUUCCUUAAUGGUUGUGAGCAUUGUGUGGAAUUUUACACCUGGCCUGCGUGGCAGCCUCUUCCAGUUGAGGUGUUUUAUUUCACGCACACUUCAUCCCAGUGUACAAAACCUGCUUCUCUUCUCAACUGUGGCAGCUCCUACUGGCUCCCGUGCCCUGCCCUAAAGGGCUCUUGAGCCUCUGGGAAUGGGAGGGGCCAAGAGAAGGAAAACCCUGUCUUUAGCACCCUUUAAAAGAACUGUGCCCCCCUUCUCAGUGCUGCCUUUGCAUGGGCCUGGCCCGGCUCGCAUUCGUCAGUGACUCCAACCCUCCUGCUUGCUGUACUUGGGAUGAAACGACCCCACAGGUCAGGUGGAGGGUGGGGCGUGGGCAUCAGCCAGGAUUACUGUUGUCUUUUUCUCAGGAGCUACAAAGAUCUCUUCCUGUUACUAAAUGGUCACACCCCAGCAGCCUCUCUCGCACACCGGGGCCCUGCAUGUCAGAUGGCGUGGUCUGCAGGGGGAGCUCUGUGCCUUAGUGGCUUUUGGCAGGACACUGAGGGCCUGCCUGUGGUGUGCCCGGCUCUGCCACUCCCGGGAGGGGAAGGCUGCUCAGCUCAAGGUGUCCUGUUCGGUAGAGCAAGUGUCCUCUGACAGCCGUGUCCCCGGACAGUUCAGACCCCCUUGGGGAUGGCACUCCACACACGACAGAGAUGCAGGGGCCAGGGAACCCCAGCGCUCGGUGCCCUUCGUCCAGGGUUAAAAUCGGCCUGUGGGGUGUGGUAUGAAGGCAGGUUGUGCGGGUGUUGACUGAUGUAUCUUUUCCUUAAAGUUAUUAUAAUAAUGGGUAAUUUGUCAAUAAAGCAUUCCUUUGGGGGAAA